AUGUGUACAUUAUUUUGGGCUUUGCAAUAUCAUCCUCAAUAUAAAUUUGUUUUUGCGGGUAACCGAGACGAAUUCUUAUCCAGACCAACAGCACUAGCAUCCUGGUGGAACAAUUCUACAAUUUUGGGUGGACGUGACCUGCAAAAUCCUCAAAAUGCCGGUACUUGGUUAGGCAUUAACCGGUAUGGCAGAUUCGUAGCAGUCACAAAUUAUCGAGGACCAAAUCAGAUCCCAAAAGUCAAAACGGUAAUUGACGAGGAUAAAAGACAAUUAGUCUCGCGUGGAGUUUUGGUAAAGAAGAUUCUUGAGUCACAAGAAAAGCCAUUGGACGAGAUUAUGAGAGUGGAGAUUGAAGCGACAGCAGAAAAUUAUGGCGGGUAUAAUAUCAUCGCGGUGGACCUUGCAAACCAGGAAAAAAAUAAAACCACAAAUGAGAAUAAUGACGACAUUGAUUGCCACAUGUUCUACUUCGCGAAUAGACAUAAUAUCAGAUUACAGACUUUAAGAAAUGGCGAAAUUUAUGGUAUAUCGAAUUCUGUAUUAGACGAUCCUUGGCCAAAAGUUGAGAUGGGAAAACGCGAAUUUCGAAAGAUUCUAGAGAAUAAAACAUUAUCAGAAAACGACAUUACGAUACCAUUUAAAUCAACUACGUCCACUAUACCCGAAAUAUUGGAAGAUAUCCGAUUUACCAUUCAUGUACCCGAAUGUAAAAUACAUGAGACUUACGCCACACGAACUAACACGAUAGUUUUGGUGGAUCACUCAAAUCGCGUGGUUUUCGUUGAAAGAACAGUACAUGAUGAGACACGCGCUAAUAAUUAUUGUUAUUCCCACAUCAGUAGAGAUCGUUUUAACCCCGAUAAUGUUAUUACGUCUGAUACACUUAUUCCUAUUAAAGGCAGCAAUGAGAAAGAAUCAUCCGAAGAAAUUACUCAGCAGCAAUUUUUUGAAUCAAAUAAUCAUAAGAGUCGAAUUUUUCAAUUUAAAAUUCAAAGAAAUGUGAUUAAUUAA